AUGGGAGCUUGUGUGAGCUCCAAUCCGGAGGAUUCCGAGGGAAAGAAGAGAAGUCAGAUGAUAGAUAAGAGUCUGGAAGAAGACUCCAAGAAGCUUCGGCGAGAAUGCAAGAUCUUGUUGCUAGGCUCCGGAGAGAGUGGCAAGUCCACGAUCGUAAAACAGAUGAAGAUUAUCCAUCAAAGCGGCUAUACGGUAGAAGAGCUGUCGAUGUACCGAAUGACUAUAUAUAAGAACCUGGUGGAUUGUGCGAAGGCUUUAAUUGGGGCGAUGCGGCAGUUUGAUAUUGAGCCAGAGGAUCCGAUAAAUGCAGAUUACUGUGUCUUUCUAGUCGAUUAUCAGGUCGUUACAGAGCCACCAACAUUGAACCCAGAAGUUGGCGAGGCUGUACAGGCAUUGUGGAAAGAUCCUAGCAUGGUCACUUUGAUGGAAAGGCAGAGCGAAUUCUACUUGAUGGACUCAGCACCAUAUUUCUUCGAAGAGGCACACAGGAUCACGUCCCCCGAUUAUAUACCUAUCGAGGCCGACGUAUUAAGAGCGCGAACGAAGACGACGGGUAUAUACGAGACGAGAUUUACUAUGGGAUCAUUGAGCAUACACAUGUUCGAUGUCGGUGGUCAGAGAAGUGAAAGAAAGAAGUGGAUUCAUUGCUUUGAAAAUGUCACAUCGAUCAUUUUCUGUGUAGCACUCAGCGAGUACGAUCAGUGUCUGCUGGAAGAAAGCAAUCAGAAUCGAAUGAUGGAGAGUUUGGUGCUGUUCGAUUCCGUCGUCAAUUCGCGAUGGUUUAUGCGUACAAGUAUCAUCCUCUUCUUGAACAAAGUCGAUUUAUUCCGACAAAAACUCGGCCGAUCACCGCUGAGUAAUUAUUUCCCCGAUUAUUCCGGUGGGAAUGACAUAAAUCGAGCGUCCAAAUAUUUACUUUGGCGCUUCAAUCAAGUCAAUCGAGCACAUCUAAACCUAUACCCUCAUUUAACACAAGCCACCGACACAUCUAAUAUCCGACUCGUCUUCGCGGCGGUGAAGGAGACCAUUCUACAAAACGCUCUCAAAGACUCUGGGAUUCUUUGA